UACCACGCCAUGACCAUCCUCAACAUCCACGCUGGCUCCUUGCCCAGCUUCGCCCUGCGACUCAAACCAGCAACCGACUCGCUCACAACGCUGCGCGAGCGCAGUGCUGCAAAGGUCCGGCUGCAGCUGACCGACGGGAUCCCACUUGCCCUCAAGUACGGUUGGAAGGGUCAGCGCUACUCAUUGGAGGACGACGACGAUUGGGAGAUCUUCUUGGAGAGGGUUGGCGAUGAGAGGGAGGCAGAUGUCUACCUGUCAUCACCUGAGAUUCCGGAAAAAGAAGACAGUGACCAUCAUGAGGGAGCUCAGCAGGCCAAUCUUCCGCUCAUCGACGAGUCCACGCUCGUAGCCCGCACGCCCGGCAGGGGCAAGGGAGGCGCCAUCUCAAUCCACCGCGUCAACCGCGAUGCCGUCACCUCCGUAGACGAAUACGUCGACGCGGGCGGUGUCUCCGGCGGUGGCCGUGAUUCGAUCCUCUACCCUCCUCCACGCGAGCCGCAGCCCAUGCCUGGCUUCUCACAGAUUAAAGUCCCCGAGCAGCAGACGAGCAGCAGCAGCAUCCACCCAGGCCACGACAGCGGCGAUGCUGGAUCGGUCCGCACGUCCAAGACCAAGAAGACGACCGCAACGGCAGCGUCCAUGACUCCCAGCCAUAAGAUCGCCUUCCAGGAGUUUCACGCUCAGCUCGGCGUUCGUCUCCUCAAGGGCUCCCUUGGUCCUGUCCAAGAUGUGCCCAUGAUGCUCAAGAGCGGUUAUCGCCACGUCUACGUUUCGCGCUCCUUUGCCCUCAACCACGGGUUCAUCCCCAAGGACACGACUCCGGGCACCUACGGGUUCAACGGCAUCACCAAUUUGGGCAAGUGGCCCGUCCAGGUUGGCAGCAAGGCUGUUAGUUGCACGGUUAUGUUGGCAGAGGAUUCGUACUUCCCUGUCAUCUUGGGUAGGAGCUUCAUGGAGAAGAGGGGAGUCAGGACCGACCCUGUUGACCCGCUCAAUGUCGUCUUCAUGGACAAUGGAGAGAGGCCUGACGUUGAGGUCGUUGUGGUUAGGGAUGAGAAGGGGGAGAUUGUCACGGUUACGUAGGC